AUGCGACGACGGCUCGCCGCCGAGCUUCUUCUCGCCGUCGCCGCGCUUCUGCCGUCGCUUCAAUGCCGCGCGCAUUUCAGCGUUCGCGUCAUGACGUUCAACGUGUGGAAUUCGGGCGCGAACGUCGAGAACGGCCAACAGAAAAUCGCGAAGCACAUUCUGCUGGUGCGGCCCGACAUUGUCGCGUUGCAAGAGGUCUACGCGAACGUCACCCGAAAUCUCACGAUGAUGCUCGGACCGCCGUGGAUCGCCGUCGAGAAUCCCGAUCCCGAGUAUCCGGACACGGCGAUUUUGACGAGACAACUGAUUCUUCCCAACACGGUUGUCCACACUGACUAUGGUGUCGGCGCGAAAAUUCUGUUCCGCAUGGGACCCGUCAUCCAUUUUUGGAAUGUGCACUUGGAUUGGCGCUCGUAUGGUCCGUACGCGGCCUUCAACAAACUCGUCACUAGCGAAAAUCAAAUUUUGGCCGGCGAGAAUUCGGCGCGCGGUCCCGAGAUUCUCGACGUCCUUCAUCAUCCGAUGACGCGAUUGUGGUUGUCGAAGACGGCCGACGUGCCGUUGAUGAUCGCCGGCGAUUUCAAUGGUCCGUCGCAUUUGGACUGGACGAAGCGCGCGAAGAAGGCGCACGGCGACUGGGAGAUUCGUUGGCCGGCGACGAAGCACCUCGACGAUUAUGGGUUUGUCGACUCGUUUCGCGAAAUCAAUCCCACGUCGAAUCCAGGCUACACCUGGUCAACCGUCAAUAAAUUCAAUCCGGAAUGGAAUUACACGAUUCCAGAACCACAGGAUCGCAUCGAUUUUAUUCAUUAUAAAGGACCCGCGGUACCGUACCAAUCAUUCACAUAUGCGGGAACCGAGCGUCUCCGACGAAUUCCGUAUCAUCAACAGAAUGAUUAUCCGUCGGACCAUUAUGCGGUCGUCACCGAUUUCCACCUGUACUGA